AUGUCCUCCUCACGAGAUUCAUCCAAUAAUAACAAUUCGACCUAUCGAAAUCAACUUUCAGAUUAUGAAACGAAUGAUUAUCCAAAUUUACAAGAUAAUCAUCCAAAUCAAGUGUCUGCUCAUGGAUUUGAUAAUAGUGAACAAUCCUAUGAGAAUGAUCUAUUUCAACAAAUGUAUCCUUUUCAAGAAGAUCCUGAAGAAGAUAUACCACAUGAAAUUAUCGCAGCAUUAGAUGCAAGAAAUCGAGUACAAUCAAAUAUUAAUGAUGUUGACGAUUCUGUUUUUUCUGAUGUUGUGCAAGAUGCUUUUAAAAAGUAUCAAAAUGAGCAAGAUGAAUUACUUGCUCAAAUGGAAGAAUGUUGGAAUUAUAUGGCUACGGAAAAUGAGAGUGUUGACCCACCGAAAGCAGCAAUUGAACAACCUCAGUCAGCUCUAUUGAAUCCUGAUGCAGUUGAAUUCAAACCAUCAUGGCUAAAACCACUAUCUAGUACAGCAAAUGAAGGAUCUUUCGUUAUCUUGACAUCUAGCCAAACAGAAGAGCAACAGAAAAAUAUUUAA